AUGGCGCACCUACAUGAAACUCUUACUGAGAGAGAUGAGUUGGACACCUUUGCAUUCAUUGAUCCUGCAGCCACAUAUAACUAUGAGAGAUCGGGAUUUGGUCCUUACUUAGUGGAUCGGUUGAAAGAGGGAAAGACUGAUCGUAUAUUCUUUAUACCCUACAAUCCGGGGGAACAUUGGAUUUUGACAAUCAUUUGGGAGGAUGAAGUCUACAUCUUAGACCCUUUGCCAAAACCGGUCCAUUACACAGCAUGGGAAACUGCAGUGAUGAAUGCGGUUAAAAGUUACAAUGCUGAAAAGGGGAGGGCUAACAAAGUGCCUAAAUUAAGACUACUCCCGGGCGUACCUAAACAACCGGGCGGAAUUGAGUGUGUCUACUAUGUUAUGCGGUACAUGAAGGAUAUUAUUAAUGAUGACACACUUUCCUUUUCGACCAAGUGGGCAGUAAAGACUCGGAAAGGAUAUACCCAACAACAACUUGACGAGGUGCACAUGGAGGUGGCCGACUACUUGCAGACCUUGUUGUAG